CUGGUGGCGUGAAGAGGCUAUGCCGUAGUUUCAUUUUCUUUGCUCGGCGUUUUCGUGUCCGGCGGCGUCCCCAUGUCCGACCGCAGUCGCCCGCACUUGCGGGGUUCCACAUCUCCGCUAAUCUAUUCGUGUGGCUCGCCAUGUUCUCCACAGUGCGUGCUGCCUCGGGCAUAGCUUGCGUCACGUAUUCGUAGCCGCGCGCAUUCUGAGAUCGCCGAUCCCGGAGCUGCUACUACAACACAGCGAAGCCGCUUCGCAUGGGAUGCAUUAUCACCGCGAGUCCGUGCCCUGUGGCGCGGAGAUGAGUCGGUGGCCUACGAGGAAUACCUGCUGAGCGGUGUGCCGGCUACCGGGGCAUGACAUGAGUGGCACGGUGGGCCGUCCGCCGACCGAAUUGCUCAGUCUCGGAGCGCCAGCCGGCGGCGCAAACACGGAGCAGCAAAAGCUCGGGGCGCCGUGCGCGUUUGCCGGCGAGUUACCCCAGGGCGCCGAAGGCGCGGGCAAGGACGAACUGAAAACGCAGUUCACGACGCGCGAAGGCACCUACAAGGUGCUCAGCCUGUCCGAGUACUCGAGACCCAACCGAGUCGGCUACAGCAGCAGCCAGUCCAACAGCCCCGUCAAGGUGUCCUUCGUGUCGCUGUCGGACGCGGCCGGAACCGAGGACCGCAUCUGCUUCAACGUGGGGCGGGAGCUGUACGUUUACAUGUACAGGGGCGUCAAGAAGGCGGCAGACCUGAGCAAACCUGUGGACAAGCGGGUGUACAAGGGCACGUACCCGACCUGCCACGACUUCCAUCCAUCGGCGACACCAGACGGUGGCCUGCUGCUGCUUGUGGGCUUCUCCGCAGGCCAAGUGCAACUCAUCGACCCGGUGAAGAAGGAGCUCAGCCGGCUCUACAAUGACGAACGCUUCAUAGACAAGACGCGAGUGACGUGCCUCAAGUGGCUGCCCAACUCAAACAGCCUGUUCUUGGUGUCGCACGCCAGUGGCCAACUGUACGUGUACAAGGAGGAUCUGCCAUGCGGCUCCACACCGCCGCACUACCAGCUCUUCAAGCAGGGCGACGGCUUCAGUGUGUUCACGUGCAAGACGAAAAGUACGCGCAACCCACUCUACCGCUGGGUGGUCGGAGACGGUGCGUUGCACGAGUUUGCCUUCUCCCCCUGUGCCCGAUACCUCGCCACAGCUAGUCAGGACGGCUUUCUGCGCAUCUUCUGCUAUGACACAAUGGACCUCGUGGGUCUGGUGCGCAGCUACUUCGGAGGGCUGCUGUGCGUCUGCUGGAGCCCCGACGGCAAGUACGUCGUUGCCGGUGGCGAGGACGACCUGGUGACGGUGUGGUCCUUCCAGGACAAACGUGUCGUGGCACGCGGCCAGGGCCACCGGUCAUGGGUGCAAGGGGUGGCCUUCGAUGCCUGCCUCGAAGGCGGACACGCCUCAGGCGACUGCCCCGCCGCCGACACCUCGUACCGUUUUGGCUCGGUCGGUCAGGACACGCAGCUCUGCCUGUGGGACCUGACCGAGGACGUGCUGAAGCAGCCGCGUGCGCCUCGUGCUUCGCUCUUGCUCACCGGAAGCAACAGCCCCAACGCCGCCAACUGUUCGCAGGCCCCUCAGCAGCAGGCACGGCAGCAGCAACAACAGACGCGCACUAACAACGUGUCCACCGUGGGGCCUCAUCAGCGUCUGGUGGGAAGCCCCGCCUGCCCGCGACUCGACGAGGUGCCGAUGCUCGAGCCACACAUCUGCAAGAAAGUGGCGCCCGAACGACUCACCGCACUCGUCUUCAGGGAAGACUGUCUCGUGACUGCCUGCCAGGAGGGCUAUGUGUGCACGUGGGCCCGCCCCGGGAGGGCUUCGACUGUCGUCUGACAUUGGUCACUUAAAAAAAGCGUGUCCAUUAAACCAGCUGCCUUGGCUUGCCA